AUGAUUAUCGAAAAUGCAAUUAGUUAUGAUACACCAGUGAAUCUUGUUGAAUUUUAUGGCACAGUAAAUCCCGAACAUUCUUUUUCAAUUUCUCAUCCUAAAGAUGUUAACUAUAUUCCAUUAGUAGCCGAUGAAUAUGAUGAAGAUACACAAGAUGAUAUUGAAUAUAUUCAAGAAAAUAUACUAUCAUUAUAUGAUUUAUUCAUUCAGGAUUUUGAUCGAAAAGCACAAGGUUUCAAAUUAAAUUUAAAUGAUUCAACACUUGAAUAUUUUCCAAUUGAAAUUCGUUUGGGUACAGUAUAUAUUUAUCAAAAUAAAUGGCAAAAACAACAAUGUGAACCAUUACCACUUGUUCUAUCAGCAUUUGAUCUUCAUACAGAAGAAUAUCGACCAUCAAAUGAUAAACAUUUUUUAAUUACAUUUAACAAAAAUAAAGGUAUUAAUAGUAUAGAAAAAUUUGAAAAUGAAUUACUUAAUAAUGGUUUUCGUUUAAACAAUUCUAUUCAAACAACACAUCGUUUAUAUAUAAAAUAUCGAAAUAAACGAUUUAUUUUAGAAUUAGUCAAAAAUCAUGAUAAUAAUUAUUAUUCGGUUCAUCGUAUAUUAAAAUAUUCAACAAAAUUUUCUCAUAUUGAUAUUGUUAAAAGUAAAACACAUACACAAUAUCCAUCAACAUACGAUGAUAUUUAUGAUAUUCGAAUAAGUAUGGGAAAAAUUGAUGGAGAAGAAUUAAAUCUCAAUGAUAAUAGUUGUAAUUUUUUACAUAAAUUAGAUCUUAUUAAUUGUGUUUAUGAAACAAUGAAUAAAAAUGGUUCAUAUGUAUUUAAUAGACAAUUAACAAAUUAUUUUGAUUAUUUUCAAGUUAAAACAACUCGUACAUAUGAUUAUUCAUGUAUGAAUAGUGAUUUUUUUGGUGUAAAAAUUAUUAUUGAAAAUCAACAAGGAUAUGAUUUAGAUAUAAAUUCUAAAACUUUAAUGGCUCAUACUCCCUAUAUUAAAACACAAAAUGUUAUAUUAGCAAAAAUAAAUGAUGUUAAAAUUGAUUAUGAUAUUGAUGAUAUUAAACGAAUAUUUAAAACAUCAUUGUGGCUAUCAGAAUUAGCUCACGAUUGUACAACAGUUGAACAAAAACCAAAUCUGGCUAUAUGUAGAAGACCAUGGUCGGAUGCAUCACAUAAUAUUUCUCGACAAUCAACAAAAUCUCAUGAUACAUUAGGAAAACAGCGAAAUACGAACAAUGAUUAUCGAAGACGACAACGUCUCGAGCAGCAAUAG